AUGCAGUGCUAUACUGAAAUAUUGCCCCCGACUGGGGUCACCCAUGCUUUGGCGGUCCCUUUCCUUGCGGCAACAUCAGACGAUCUGAUUGUGGUUAGAACAUCACUGCUUCAGAUCUAUUCGCUGCAUAAAGUUGCCUCCCAUGCGGAAGGAGCCGACGCCCAGCAGGAAUCGACGAAGCUCCUUUUGGAAAAGGAGUAUUCACUUUCGGGGACUGUAACUGGUCUUUGUCGGGUCAAGGUGCUCAACAGCAAGAGCGGCGGGGAAGCUGUUUUGGUCGCCUUCCGGAAUGCCAAACUUAGCUUGAUUGAAUGGGACCCGGAGCGUCGUGGCAUCUCCACCAUUUCCAUUCAUUAUUACGAGCGAGAUGAUCUGACCCGUAGUCCGUGGGUUCCUGACCUGAAUAAUUGUGGCAGCAUCCUCAGUGUGGACCCAAGCAGUAGAUGUGCGAUAUUCAACUUUGGAAUUCGAAAUCUCGCCAUUAUUCCUUUCCACCAGCCAGGAGAUGACCUGGUGAUGGAUGAUUAUGGGUCAGACCUCGGGGAAGGAAUAUCAACCGAUCACGAUCUCGGGGGUGGUACUGUUGCUGAUAAGGCCAAAGAGGGUAUUGUCUAUCAAACUCCAUAUGCUCCAUCUUUUGUUCUGCCCUUGACGACAUUGGAUCCUUCCAUACUUCACCCGAUAAGCCUUGCUUUCCUAUAUGAAUAUAGGGAGCCGACCUUUGGCAUAUUAUAUUCCCAAGUUGCAACAUCAAGUGCCCUUCUUCCUGAAAGAAAAGACGUGGUUUUCUAUACUGUGUUUACGCUAGAUUUGGAGCAGCAAGCAUCCACGGUUUUACUUUCCGUGUCAAGGCUGCCUAGUGAUUUAUUCAGAGUGGUGGCUCUCCCGCCUCCUGUCGGCGGUGCUUUAUUAAUCGGGUCCAACGAACUAGUGCAUAUCGAUCAGGCAGGCAAGACCAAUGCCGUUGGAGUUAACGAAUUCUCAAGACAAGUCUCAUCAUUUUCUAUGACUGACCAGUCCGAUUUGGCAUUGCGUCUUGAGAAUUGUAUCGUCGAGUGUCUCGGGGAUAGCAGUGGGGACAUGCUUUUGGUGCUUACUACGGGGGAGAUGGCCAUCGUGAAAUUCAAGUUAGAUGGGAGGUCAGUUUCUGGGAUCUCGGUUCACCUACUGCCGGCUCACGCAGGUCUUACCUCCAUAUAUUCCGCAGCAGCAGCUUCAACCUUCAUAGGUGAUGGAAAAAUUUUCCUGGGCAGCGAAGAUGGUGAUUCAGUGCUUUUAGGCUAUUCUUACUCAUCUUCCAGCACAAAAAAGCACCGGCUGCAAGCGAAGCAAGUGAUAGACGACUCUGCGGAUAUGUCAGAAGAGGAUCAGAGUGACGACGAUGUGUACGAAGACGAUCUCUAUUCUACAUCUCCGGACACAACACUUACCGGCCGCCGUCCGUCAGGAGAAUCAUCCGCUUUCGGGCUGUAUGACUUCCGGAUACACGAUAAGCUUAUCAACAUCGGCCCUCUUAGGGACAUUACUAUGGGAAAGAGGCUAUCCACGAACCUAGAAAAGACAGGCGAUCGUACUAAUAGUACUUCUCCAGAGCUGCAGAUAGUAGCUUCCCAAGGCUCACACAAGAGUGGUGGUUUGGUAGUAAUGGCCCGCGAGAUCGAUCCUCAUGUCGUCGCCUCAAUUUCGCUCGAGUCAGUAGACUGCAUCUGGACAGCUUCAUUGACUCGGGAGGAAGAGGCUGUUUCAGGAACGUCAGAGAAGAUGGGACAACAAUCGCAGCGAUGCUAUGUUAUUGCAACGGAAGUCAAAGGUUCCGAUAGGGAAGAAUCGCUCAUCUUCGUAGUGGAUGGCCAUGAUCUGAAACCUUUCAGAGCACCUGAUUUCAACCCUAACGAAGAUGUGACAAUUAGCGUUGGGACACAGGAAAGCAGGAAGCGCGUGGUCCAAGUCCUAAAGAACGAGGUUCGGAGUUAUGACUUUGACCUGAGUUUAACUCAAAUAUACCCGAUAUGGGACGAUGACACCAAUGAUGAACGAAUGGCUGUUAGUGCCAGUCUGGCCGAUUCUUGCCUUGCAAUUCUACGGGACGACUCUACGUUAUUAUUCCUUCAAGCAGACGACAGUGGAGACCUUGAUGAAGUAGUCUUUGGUGAGGAUGUAGCAUCUGGAAAGUGGAUAUCCUGUUGCUUGUACAGCGACAAAACCGGGAUGUUUUCUUCCAUCGAUCGAACACUGAGUGAGCCAGUCAAGAACGACAUGUUUUUAUUUCUACUCAGCCACGAUUGCAAGCUCUUUGUUUAUCGCGUCCGCGAUCAAAAGCUGCUAUCGAUAAUCGAGGGGACAGACGGUUUGUCGCCUCUGUUGUCCAGCGAGCCACCUAAGCGGUCUGGCACACGUGAGAAUCUGAUAGAGGCAAUCGUUGCCGAUCUCGGGGAAACAUGGAGUGCUUCGCCGUAUUUGAUUUUACGAUCUGAGACUGAUGAUUUGAUAAUCUACAAGCCUUUUGUGGUUUCAACGGGACCAGUUGAAGGGAUUCACAGCCUGAAGUUUUCCAAAGAGACCAACAGCGUCCUGCCAAGGAUCCCACCUGGUGUCAGUUCAACACAGCCCAGUGGUUCGGAUUAUAGAGCUAGGCCACUGCGCAUCCUGCCCGAUAUCUCGGGACUCAGUGCUGUAUUCAUGCCUGGUGCUUCAGCAGGCUUCAUUAUCAGGACAUCCGCAAGUGCGCCACACUUUCUGCGCUUAAGAGGGGAAAACUCUCGGAGCAGUACGGUUCGGUUUUGUAAAUUGCCCCCUAUGACACGAUUUGAUUACCAGUGGACUUUGAAAAGGGUGCACCUAGGAGAACAAGUUGACCACUUAGCUUAUUCCACCUCUUCCGGGAUGUACGUACUAGGGACGUGUCAUGCAACCGAUUUCAAGUUGCCUGAGGAUGACGAGUUGCACCCAGAAUGGCGCAAUGAAGCUAUUUCGUUUUUCCCGUCGGCGCGUGGAAGCUUUAUAAAGCUUGUAUGGGAUCAUCAUCUACAGCGUCAAGACUCGGUCAUCCUAAUUUUUCAUUUGCACAGUUUUUCCCUCGGCGCAGACGAGUACGUCAUGGCGAUCAAAAACAUAAGUCUUGAAGUAUCGGAAAACACCCACGAACGCAAGGACAUGAUCGUUGUGGGUACUGCGUUCGCCCGGGGCGAAGACAUACCUUCACGCGGCUGCAUCUAUGUUUUCGAGGUUGUGCAGGUUGUUCCAGACCCAGAUCACCCUGAGACAGAUCGCAAGUUGAAGCUCAUUGGCAAAGAACCAGUGAAAGGUGCCGUGACUGCGCUAUCUGAGAUUGGUGGCCAGGGCUUCGUCCUGGUUGCACAAGGACAAAAGUGUAUGGUCAGAGGCCUCAAGGAGGAUGGUAGCCUCCUCCCUGUUGCUUUCAUGGACAUGCAGUGCUAUGUCAGCGUCGUAAAAGAGCUCAAAGGCACUGGGAUGUGCAUCCUUGGCGAUGCUGUGAAAGGUGUUUGGUUCGCAGGCUAUUCGGAGGAGCCCUACAAAAUGAGCCUUUUUGCCAAGGAUCUAGACUACCUUGAAGUGUGCGCGGCUGAGUUCCUUCCAGACGGCAAAAGACUAUUCAUUGUUGUGGCCGACAGCGAUUGCAACAUUCAUGUAUUGCAGUAUGAUCCGGAGGAUCCUAAAUCCUCGAACGGUGACAGGCUGCUUAGCCGUAGUAAAUUUCAUAUGGGCAACUUCGCCUCCACGUUGACUCUUCUGCCACGUACAAUGGUCUCUUCAGAGAAGAUGGUGUCCAGUUCGGACGGAAUGGAUAUCGACAACCAGAGCCCCCUCCACCAAGUCCUGAUGACCACACAGAACGGCUCUCUUGGCUUGAUCACCUGCAUUCCGGAAGAAUCAUACCGCAGAUUGUCUGCUUUACAGUCGCAGCUGACGAAUACACUGGAACAUCCCUGCGGUCUUAAUCCCCGAGCCUUCCGGGCUGUGGAGAGCGAUGGCACUGCUGGUAGGGGUAUGCUCGACGGUAAUCUCUUGUUCAAAUGGAUAGAUAUGAGCAAGCAACGCAAGACAGAGAUCGCAGGACGCGUGGGUGCACGUGAAUGGGAGAUAAAGGCCGACCUUGAGGCCAUCAGUGGUGAUGGCCUUGGCUAUCUCUAA